AUGGAGGAGAUAAAGGACGAAGGUAGGGUCAACGGAGAAACAUCGUCCUUCUUACUCACCAACGAAUGGUGGUCGUUCAACAGAGACGGGACAGCCCUGAGGCAAGACAAGCAGACACGCAUACAACUGGUCAACAAAGGGGCCACAGUGGCCGGUUGUCUGUCAGUCAACGCCGAGGAAGGGUCGCUUGUCUUGAAAGGUUGCUCGUUCCAGGACGAAACCCAGAGGUUUUGGGUGGAGCAGCUGGUGGAAGACGACGGGACGUCUGUAUCGGAGAUCACCGCAGCGGCCGGCUUGGGGAAGCUUACAUGGUCCGGUGACAAGGGCCCAUCGGUUCUAAUCCAGCCCUCGGCCGGACGCGUCGUGCCGGACAGCGAUAAGCCAACUCACUAUACCUCGCUUCUCGGGUGUACAAACUCGGACGGUUCCGAGAACUUCAACUCGCUGGACUGCAUCUUGGCCAUUUCCUACAACAGAGCCCCGGCGAAAUGCGCCACCGACCCCCAGGCGACAGACUGCAUCCUCAACUACCUCGGUGCCUUCUGCGGUGACCUGGUUGAUGGCCGCCUGAGGGCUAACAAUCCCAUUCCACGGGACCAAAUCGCAAACCAGCUGGAGGCUUGUGCUCGCAAGAUCGCAUUAGGUCCCUGCGUGGCGAACCCAACCGGCGCCGCCUGUACAUCGGGGCUUUUUGCCGGUACCAAGUUUCCUGGGUUCUCUGACGAACCAGGUGAUGCGACGACAGUGUCCGUGAGACGCGAUGCCCUUUCCGCCAAGUACAACAUCUUCCCGGAGGAGCGCGUGAAAGACGCUGUCUUUGAGGAGUUUGUGAUCGGUAUCGCAAAACAACUGCUCAACUCCAUUUCCGAUACAGUCAGUGGCUUGUUCAACCGGCACGCCGAAAGCUCGGCGAUCUACUGCAACGGCAUUGCUGGCACCCUCGGCAGCACAAAGCUGGCAAGCAAGUGUUCCCGGAUCUGGACAGUUUCGACGGCGCCAGCGACCCGACUGGAAUAUGAAAUCGGCGUACAGAAGGCGGGUGCCAUCACCGGUCUUGUCGUAUCAAGCCUACUUGUCAUUGACGAUGUGAAGGACGCCAUCGAGGCCAUGAAUCCCCAGACAUGGAUAAAACUGAAAGGUCGUUUCAGUGCGCCCAAAGCUACGGAGGUGACCACGGCUGGAAGUACAAUCAAGGGGUAUAAGAUCACUGGCACAGGUGAGGGAGCAGGCACCAGCAUGGUGGAGAUUCUCAAGCAGGGCCCCAAAGGUAACGUCGUCCUAUUCGCAAGCGAGGUAGAGUCGCAAAUGGCACUCGAAGAGGCCAUAGAGAACGGCUUCGGAGACUGCGUCGAGUUGAACCCGCCCAAGCGGAAUACAAGGAGACAAAGAGAUCAUGCCGGGCCGCGCGGACUCAAAAGACCCCUUGGCCUCAAGAUCGCCUGUCCCCCUCUUACAAGCGGCGACGUCUCGACCGCGUUUCAAGACCCUUGGGCCCAGGCCAAGAACACAGUCGCCGACAUCUCCACCGACGCAGUGAGGGCGACGAACCUGGUCGAUGACGAUGUCGCCGACCUUGACGCACUUCACAAGGCCUACUUUGCCUUCUCAAAAGCCGGAACCGAGACGGCGCCGACAUGGGGCGCCGAGUUGCAACCUUGGGCCGAGCGCCUCCGCGGGGGUAUGAUCAGCAGCGCCGAGAAAGCCGCCAUCGCAAAAGACUUUGCCGGUUCAUACGGCCUCGUGCCCGAUGAAGAGGAGGCGCUCCAGCUCUGGUCCCGCGACUACGCCAUCCAACAGCGUCCGCUCAAGUCGGGGGCCGCCAAGAUCCCUGACUACGCCAGCUACUGCGUGCGCAAGACGCGCCUGUCGCAAGAGACGAUCGAUAUGCUCCUCAACAGCCGGGGCGGCAAGCGCGGCGAGCCUGGCGUCUACGACGUGGGAGACCUGGUCAUCAACACGCAGAGUAUCGAUUUUGCAAACAUGGCCUCGGGGCACCCGCGAUUUGUUAUGGCCACGACUCCUGGCCUGAUCAACUAUCAUGGUGAUUCCAGCGUCAUCAUGUCGAGCCCAUACUCGUUCGUCAUCCGGUCGCGCAAGGGGAAGUACAUCACGCCGGUUACCGUUGGGAAAGAACAAAUGGUCGAGGGCCAGCCCGAGAUUAUUUUCCUCGAUGGUGAGCAGGGCCGGUUCAAGUUGUUGGGCUGGGCCAGCGGCCAGAAUGGGAAACCGGCCGUGUUCUACUUUGACAAUGUUAAUUGA